UAUUAGAGAUUAUCAGCCGCUUCUUCUAUCUCCAGAUACAGCCAAGGCAAAGAGACACCAUUACAGUCAUCCCGUGGAUCGAACGAAAUUUUGGAAGAAAAAUAAGAUAUUUAUUUUCCUCGCCAAGGCAUUUUGGACGUCUUUACGGAGACACCGUAUUCCUUCCGUGCUCUUACUGGGAGAAAGACGUCGACUAAAACACCAUUCAAUCAACCCCAGUUGGAGCGAGAGUUCCUGGCUUUAUCACCGACCGUCCUUAUCUGGAGCGGGUGUUUAUUCCGUAAACUGAGUUCUUUUGCCAUUUUGUGGAGAUUGAUGAGAUUGCAGUGAAUCGGCCUCCACUCAGGAGUAGGUUUAUACCCUCUUACCUCGUCAAGAAGACUCAAGCAAGAGGCGCCACGAUGUACCAAGGCUUGGCUUUAUCCUCCAACCCUUCUCCAUAUGCACACGACACUGGGAACUACAUUCACUCGUCAGCGAGCUCCCCAGUUUACGUGCCUACCACCCGGGUACCUGCCAUGCUGCAGACUCUCCCCUACCUCCAGACGUGCGAGUCCACCCAUCAGUCUCAUGGCCUCGGGGGCCACCACGGUUGGCCACAAGCUGGCACGGACAGCUCUUCGUUUAACCCGGGCAGCCCUCACCCUCCUCCUGGAUUCUCGUACUCGCACAGCCCACCGGUGAGCAGCAGCACCGGCAGGGACUCCUAUCAGAACCCACUGGUACUCAGCAAUAGCGGGCGGGGGGACCAGUAUGGAAGCGCUUUGGUGCGCUCGGUCGGAGGAUCUUACUCCAGUCCGUACGCGUACAUGAGCCCUGAGAUGGCCACCUCCUGGACGCCUGGACACUUCGAUGGUGGCAUGAUCAGUCUACAGGGACGGCAAGGCGCGCUGUCUGGGAGAAGAUCCAGCUAUGACAUGUUGGAGGAGAUACCUGGCGAAGGCCGAGAGUGUGUUAACUGUGGCUCCAUCUCAACCCCGCUAUGGAGACGAGACGGUACCGGUCACUACCUGUGCAACGCCUGUGGUCUUUACCACAAGAUGAACGGCAUCAACAGACCUCUUAUCAAACCACAGAAACGCCUUAGAGAGAGAGAGAGAGAGAGAGAUAGAGAGGCUCCAAGGUCAGUAAGUUGUGGGAGAAGGUUGUCGGUGAGCGAGAGAGAGGCCUUCACCGCUGUGGGUUUUCCCAUGGAUUGCCGCUCUGUCUCCGGCAGCUGCUGUGAAUUAGUCCAGAUUCAGAGGCAGACCACCUCUCGCCGGGCGGGCCUGUGCUGCACUAACUGCCACACCAGCACCACCACACUGUGGCGGAGGAAUGCCGAAGGGGAGCCCGUGUGUAACGCCUGCGGCCUCUACAUGAAGCUCCACGGGGUGGCCAGACCACUGGCAAUGAAGAAAGAGAGUAUCCAGACCAGGAAAAGGAAACCGAAGAUGCCCAAAUCCAAAGCUUCCUCAGGGACCUCGGCCUCUGGCACCAACUCCCCCACCUCUUUGUCCGUCUCCGAGAACGCCUCCACGAUAAAGAGUGAACCCAACAUGGCCCCAUCUCCAUACGCUGGACAGACCGUUGCAUCAGUCUCCCAGGCCUCUUCUCAGCUGGAGAGCACAAGCUCAGGACACGUGGACAUCAAAUAUGAGGACUAUGCCUUCACCCCCACCUCCAUUGCUGCCCAGAACUCUUGGUGCGCACUGACCCAGGCGUGACCCCCCUUCUUGGGACCCUGGGGCUAUUGCCAGUGGCCGAAUCGAACCUAAACCCAGUCCUGCUACAUGUGGAUACACACACAGACUUGUGAUAACUACCUAUCGUUGUAAUUAGAAGUCGUCAACUCCCACGACCAGUGCUGGUCGAGUUGGUCGAUGAGAGAGGAGAAUGCUGAGAGGAUCACUGGGGACAUGCAAUGCACAGACGCAUUGGCUAUGAAUCGCUGCAGUUUGGGUGUUUGUUGUUGUCAACAUAUCAGUUUUUUUGGUGUCAUUUCAACAUUCUUUUUACAAGCUUGGCAUCUCGACACAUUAAAGGCCUACCACAAGUGGGCAAGUUGUUGCCAAAUGUUAAACCCGAAAACGGUGGAACCGCAGUGCGGGGGGAGGGGGGCGGGUGGUUUGCAAGCGUUUUAUCACUUCAGAACUUGUUUUGAUACUUUAAAAUGUAAAUGAUUAACUUUUAAAGACACAUUAUUUAUGUUGAGAUAAGGAAAGCCAAGGAAACACAAAGCCUACCCAUAAUCCCCCUCUGCUCUGGAGACACACAUACAUAUAUAUAUUUUUUUGUUUGUUUCAUGAUGUCAGAAAUUCCGACCGUCCACUCUGCCAUCCCUUCCUUUAAGGGGGUGGGCUGUGGUGCUCCUUGACUCUGCUGAUUAGUGUAUUUUCAAUGGU